GCUUCGAUACCGCUUCACAGCCGUUUUAAAAAUGGUUGCAAACAAAGCAGCAACUCAGCAAAAGCAAUUGCUGGAGCAGAAGAGCAAAUGGAGUUUGAAACUUGGGGAGUUGCUAGAUUUUGACGCAUCUGAUAUCAUCCAACUCACCAUCCAGUUGGACAGUGCGAGGGAGGCAAGACAGUAUUUAAAUAGCUUGCUCGACCCGGCAGAUCGUGCGCAUACGGAUUUUGUCAAUAGUUAUGUUGAGGAUAUGUUCGGAGAAAGUAGCAGUAAUAAAGCCGACACGCGACAGGAGGGUCAAGAGGUGAUUGGGAAACGUGGCAAGAAGAAGAAGGGCAUUGUACCUGCAGAGAGCAGUUCACAUAGCAGUACUUAUACUAAACCUUACCUGAAUAAAAGGGCUGGCAAAACGAGCAGGAAGACUGCAGGACUACAGUCCCUGGAGCAACUGUCUUCGCUGUUACACGGCCAACUCGAAAAAGGACGGAUCAAAUGUGAUUGCAUGACAGGAAAACACGCACUGGUUGGUAAUUGUUUGGCCUGUGGUAACAUUGUGUGUGCGCAGGAGGGCGUGGGGGUCUGCCUAUCAUGUGGUGAAGAUCAGGUGAAAAUCUUGGAUAAUGCUAUGGCGACGGAUGCUGAUGCAGAGCAGUUGGGAAUCACAAGGACCGCUCGCAAGAAGAACUUGUUCAAGUUAAAGCAAGAGGAGGAGGGAAUGGAUCCUGAAAAGAUAGUAGCACUGAUGAAAGCCAUGGAGCUUAAGGAAAGAUUGCUAGUGUUUGACAGGCAGAUGGCCAAGCGUACGAAAGUCAUUGACGAUGAGGACGACUACUAUGAGCUAGAUAGCAGGUGGCUCGACCCCAAAACACGAAAAGCUCGAGAAGCACUCAAGAGCCAACUAGACGAGGCGAAGCUAGAGCUGAAGAAGAAGCAACGCACCAAUAUCAUCACACUUGACAUUAUGAACCAGCGCGUAGUCGAUGCAAGAGACACCGUGACACUCGAUGAGUCUCAGUACAGACCACCGCCACAGCAGUCUGUGACGGCGCCGAAGAAUGCCCAGGACUUGAUAUGGAACGAUCCCGACCCCUAUCAAUACGCCAACCCGGGCCUCACAACCCCACCGAAAUACAUACGAGACGAUCAAUCCAAAGCCGGGAAGGCGUUGCACACCAAGCCUCGACCCGCACUGCCCAAGCUGCGAGAAACAUACAUGCGCGUGCAGGGCGAAGGGUUUGUACCCCCGCCCUUGAAGGACAAUCCGGGGAAGUGCAUGUCCAUGCACCAGGUGAGUGCGGAUUGUGACUGA